AGGAAGAAAAGAACAAGCACAUGGAGCAGAACAAGCUCCUGCAAAAGGCCGUGGACUCGACCUUGGAGCGACUCCUGGUCUGGGUGCAGGCCGGCUUCGAUUCCCUGCGCGACUUUGGUCCCGAAUCCGUGCAGCAGGAUGCUGUUGCCUUGGCGGCCAUCAGAGAUAUGCUCGCGUGGCAUGGAUUGAGCCUUCGGCACAUCUUCAGCAGGUGUUGAGCAGUCAUGAGGAGCGCGUGCGGCAAGCCUUGGAAUUGGCCGAAAAGCAAUCCUCAAGUGCUGGGACCAGGAGGAGUGAGGUGGAUGAGCUCCAGAAGGCCCUCCAGGAGCAAACCCAGCGAGCGGAGGACUUGCAGCAGCGCCUGGAAGAGGUCGCUGCUGAACAAGAAGAGCUGGCGUUCCGUCGGGUGGUGGAGGAAUCCACCCCCCCAGUGGGCCUGCCAGGACUCUGCAAUGCUUGAUGUGGCAGGUGCCCCAGCCAGAGCGGAAAGUGCCGUGACCCUGAGCACAGCGCAGGAUGCCGGUGCCAACGACGAAGCGGAGUGCGUCAAAGAGGAGAAAAGUGAAGAAGAAUGCCCAGCUGGUGCUGCAGCUGCUUUGGAAGCUGAGCAAGAGGCGCAGCGGAUGAGACUCUUCAGAUGUCCCUUCGCGGAGGCGGUGGACCUUACAUACGUGAAGCGCGACAGGCAGUUUCCCUACAGCAGCGAUCCGGACGACCAGAUCCUCAGACUUGGACGGAGGCAGCUCCGAAGCUUCAUCGGCGAGGUCUAUACCGCAAAACGCCUGGAAGAUCGCCGACGGGAGAAGGCGGCCCAACCCAGACGAGCUCUCCAUUUCAUCAUGCAGGAGAUGUUGCGACGACAGCAUGGGGUGAAAUGCCUCGUGCACCAGAGGUCCUGGCAGAUUCUGGAGGCCGUUGCCGAGCAUGCAUCCGAGGACGUCACGGUGGGCCUCUUCGCAGACUUCUUGGAUGGCACCCGAGAUCUCGAUGAGCUGUCCUUCUACCUCUACUGUUCCGGGCUGGUCUCGGCAGUGCCUGAGGAACCCCAGGCAAACAUACCGCCCUCGAGGCUGCCCAUGGGCUUGAUCAGCGAGUCACGGUGCCUUCGACUAGUGGAGUUGCUCUUCUCGGACCUGCCGAAGGCCAAAGCUGUCGUGAAGGAAGAAAUCGAGAAGCAGUUGGGCAGUCGACUGGUGGAGAACUCCUAUGAGGAGCUCAGCUACAUGGCCGAAGCCGACGGCAUCGAAGCCGACGCACUGUGUUAUGCUUUGCUGGAAGGUUGGCGAUUGUGUUGCUUGCUCUUGAGCAAAAGCAUGCCGCAUUUCAACUGGCGGGACACGGUCUUGGCGUUCAUUCAAGCGGAUGUCCAUGGCCGCGGCUGGUUAGAUCCCAACGAGGUGACAAAGGUGGAUGCUCAGCAAGCUGUGCUCUCGCGCAGUCGGGAGCUGCUGCCUGUCAUGGAACAGACCUCGCUGGGCGCCUUCGUGUUCCGGAUCCUGCAGCACCUGGGGGGCCUCACCGAGGCAUCCCUGAAAGAAGACGUUGUGGCAGAGAUGUCCCAUGAUUUGGGUCUUGGAAAGAAGGAGCAUGAGGUCGGGCCAAGCUGUUCGCUGUCAGGUGGCCUUCGGCUCACUCGAGCGAUCUCUCGGCGUCUACUUGAAAUGGCUCCUUCACAGCGAAGAGCCUCGAGACCGUUCAGUGUACAAAAGCGUGAAGGCCCGGAUUUUUGCCAUCAGGCGUGCUGCGAGCUUGGGCAAAUCCUGGCCACUGAUCCACAAUCUCCGGUGUUUGCUGGUCCUGUUGCUCAGCCAUCAAUUUGAUUUGCAGCUCGUCCGAGAGGAGGCCCAGCCAGAACACGUGGGAUGGGAAUUGACGGCGCUCCUGCAAGUCCUUCGUGAGAGUUGGAGGAGGGGUGCCAGUGGUACUGAAGGGGUGGACUCCGGCCCAGACUUCGGUGCGGAGCUGGAAGAGGUGGGCGAGCGGUCCGAGCUGCGGGACGACGCUGGGGACCGGUCGGGGUCGGAAGCGCGUCCGGUGAGCGGCAAGGAACGGGCGGUGUAUUCCGUGAGUUUCACCGUGGGCCAAAAUUCGGCUCAAGAUUGACGAGCUUCGGGUGGUCAAGUCAUAGAGUUCGGUUGGGGUCAAUCCGG